GUGCCACGAAAGUGGGGCUAGAAAAAGAAGAGGAAAAAGCAACAGAAAUGAGGGAGCAACAAUAACAAUAAAAAAUACAACUUUGUAGUAUUAUUAAGCGAAUAGCGCGGCGCGCUCACAAUGUUUCUGACUGCGAACGGCGGCGGUUGUCUUGUUUUCUGCGACUGAGCGCAGCGGUUGUUUACAUUCCGAUUCACCGAAGACCACAACAAAUAGUCCCCCGAAUAACAACAAUAACAAUGAAACAUGCAAAUAAAAUGCAUGCGAAUGAUUUAAAUUUAACACACGAUACGAUGACCAUUUAAAAGAAUCGCGGGAGAAACAAAAGAAUUCGAGAAGCGCGAAAGAAAGGCGAAGAAAGUACAAAAAAGAAUCAGGCCAAAACGAUUUGUUUUUUUUUUUAUUUUUUUUUACUGUGUGGCUUCAGUUCUUUCUUUUUUGCGCAAGAACAACAAAUGAAAGACGGCACUUGAAAUGGAAUUCCUGGAGAACCUGUACAAAACGCUGCAGAGCCUGCUGUCCUCCUACAUCGAUCUGGAUUAUUCACUAUGGCUAUAUCGCUUCCUCACCCCGCUAAUUGUCACCUUCCUGCUGCCCCUCGUCUUUGUGGCCCUCAUCUACAUUUCGUUCCUGGUGCUCUUUAUCUACAAGUUGCACAGGCAGGUGAUCAUGCGAGCGGUGCAGGGAGAUCGCAACUUCUGGCGGGUGGGCCGCAAGAUUGUGGCGGCCAUUUGGGAUGCCCAUGCCCGGAUCUACCAUGGCUACGAGGUGAUCGGGCUGGAGAAUGUGCCGCAGGAGGGACCGGCGCUGAUUGUCUACUACCACGGAGCGAUACCGAUCGACAUGUACUACCUGAACUCGCGGAUGCUGUUGCAGCGCGAGCGUUUGAUCUACACGAUCGGCGAUCGCUUCCUGUUCAAGCUGCCCGGCUGGGGGACCAUUUCGGAGGCCUUCCACGUCAGUCCCGGCACCGUGCAGUCGUGCGUCAGCAUUCUGCGCGACGGCAACCUGCUGGCCAUUUCCCCCGGCGGCGUCUAUGAGGCGCAGUUCGGGGAUCACUACUACGAGCUGCUGUGGCGGAAUCGCGUGGGCUUCGCCAAGGUGGCCAUCGAGGCCAAGGCUCCGAUCAUUCCGUGCUUCACGCAGAAUCUGCGCGAGGGCUUCCGCCAGGUGGGCAUCUUCCGGACGUUCUUCAUGCGUCUGUACAACAAGGUCCGCAUUCCGGUCUAUCCUAUUUAUGGUGGAUUUCCCGUCAAGUUCCGCACGUACCUGGGCAAGCCCAUUCCCUACGACGAGAGCCUAACGCCGCAGGAUCUGCAGAUUAAGGUGGCCACCGCCAUCGAGGAUCUGAUCAAUCAGCACCAGCGUUUGCCCGGCAGCAUUCUGCUGGCCCUCCUCGAUCGCCUGCCGUCCUUCAGGCGACGCAUCAAGAAGAAGGACGAGUGAUCCCGGCACGUUAAUCCCAUUUCCGUUUAGCGCAUAGAGAGAUUAACAGAUUGACUUUGGUUCUGGCCAUAUAAAGACUUUGUUCCAUGUACUUCAUGAUGUAUAGGCAGCGCCAUAUAUAUCCUACAUAUAUAUCUUAAUAUCUUAAAUAAUCUUUGUAAAUGUCUCCCUUCUUCAUAUUCCUUUUGUUUUUGAUUAUUUGUUCGUUAGUCACAACUCGAGUUCAUUGAAAUGCGCUUAAGUAAUACUACACACGUAGACCGUAUAAACAUUUUAAUUAGCCCUAAAGUAAGACUAACCUGAGUCAAACACCGAACAAAGAGAACCUCUACCUUA